AAAGUGCCCUGAACCUGACGUGCAGAGCGUUCUUUGGCUACAGCGGGUCAGCGGUCAGUCCUCUCAUCUACUGGAUGAAGGGAGAGAAGUUCAUCGAGGACCUGGAUGAGGAGAGAGUCGAAGAGAGCGAAAUCAAGUGAGACACAUGGUUGUUUUACUCCCUCACUUCUAAUGUAGUAACCAUAUGGCUUAAUAUGUAAUAAUAUUGUUGUAAGUCACUCUGAUACGAUUAGGAUGAAUACAUUGUAACUAUGGAAUUGUGGUCAAUAUUAAAUAUGGAUCCUGUAGACUAUACAAACUAAACACAGUACAACACCAUUGGAUACUGUACUAGACCAUACUAUGAUGUAAUACUUUAAGUGCAAAGCCUUUGAUGAGCUAUUCAGUGUGUGGCCCAGGGUGGCCACAGCCCCCCUGAAAUCUGAUUGGCCACCCAAGUGACCCCCCCCCCCCCCCCCCCCCCAGGAAUUCUGAGAUCUGAUAGGUCGUCUCUGAAUAUAUUUAUCAUUUUGACCAAGACGCGCCGACAGCAAGACUUAUCACUCACCGGAGACAUUAUUUUUGGCCAGACAGCAUCACAUACAUGGACUACAGAUACUAAGACAGAGGGGCGCUGUUUGCCUCGCUCGGAUGCUUUCUCUGGUGAAAUAGAUUCAGCCUCUUGCGAAUUUGAGGAAAAUUAUGAAACACAGAUAAACAUGAAUGAGAAAUAAUGUAUAUUUUUUUAUUAUUACAAUUUUGGGGGAAGCCUGGCUUCCCUUGGCAUCCAUGAAUACACCCUACAGUGUACACUUAUGGUGUUUGUAAUAGAUGUCCCUUUCCAUUCAAAUGAUGGGUGCACAGUGCACUGUUCGGAUGCUAGAUUUAUUUUGGAGAAGCCGAACGUGCGCAGGUAACCUACUUAACCUGCUUUUUGAAGUGAUUUGUUUGACAAUCAGAUGAAAACGUCAUGACUGGUUGUGUUCAUGACACAUUAAAAGAUAAUACAUUUUGACAGUUAAAUUACAUGUCUUUACUAUAAAGCCCAUAAAACAUUUUUAGAGACCCCUGAAUGUCACAGUAUAAUUCGCACUUUGGGUGGCACUUUCAAGUGAAUUUACUGCUGUAUACUAAUACCCUAAAAUCCUUACCUUGAAUGCAACCACUGUAACAAGACUUUUGGAAUGAUUUAUGAUGGAUUUGAACAGGGAAAUGUACCAAAUCUCAGCUGAAGCAUUUCAUGUGUUGAACCAUCAUAAUUAUAUUGAGAAAAUCCACCUUGCAAUGAUUAAGUUUUAAAAUGUUAUGCCCUGGACACGCCUCUGGAGCUAUUCUCUAAACUGUCAUAUCUAGCUGCUAAGUAGUCCCUUUGCAAGCCCAGGCAGGCAGGAAGGCAGGUAGGUAGGCAGGCAGGCAGGCAAACACAGUCUGUUCUGUUACUCCUUCUAUCACUGCGCUUUCAUCAUCAGGCCUCUUUAGCACACAAAAGUCUAUCUAGUGUCUGUACGUCUGUCUGUACAUAUGUCUGUCUGUUUGCUUUUGUCUAGCAGUUCAUACGGCUGUGUUCCUUCAAGCUCUCAUCUCUGUUUCACACUCAAACCCUACUGAGUCCACUGAACACUAUCUCUCUCUCCCUCUCUGGGCUCACGUUGAAACAUUCAAAACAAGAACAUUUCUGCCUGUUCUCUUUAUGAUGUCAUGCAUUUAAACAAGCCCAUUUCCCAUGUCUAUCUCUAUAUUGUAACAUAUCUAGUUAAGACAGUCCAUUUACGCUCUUCCUCUCUCCCCCACUGCCUCUCUUUCUCUCUCUCUAUCCCUCUCCCUCUCUCUCUAUGCUAUAACAUACUUAAAACAAACCCAUAUCUGUGUCUCUUUCUCAAUGCUGCACAUUCAAAUGAGUCCAUUCCUCUACCCUCCAACAAAUUCAAAUGAAUCCACCUUAUAUACCCUCUCUCUCUCUCUCUCUCUCUCUCUCUCUCUCUCUCUCUCUCUCUCUCUCUCUCUCUCUCUCUCUCUCUCUCUCUCUCUCUCUCUCUCUCUCUCUCUCUUCGCUGUAGCAACACACUUAAAACAAAUCAAUUUCCGUGUCUCUCUCCCUCCCAGUACUGUAACAUAUUUAAACGAGUCCAUUGGCUGGUCUGUGUGCAUUUCCCAUUAGGCGCGGAGCGCUGUGUGUGGAGAGACUGCAUCUGGGGAGACGGCCCUGUCAGAUAGUUAACAACCACCAUUUCUCACCGUGCUUCGCCGUCGCUAUCGCUACCCGCACCCUCACUACCCUCUCCCUCACUACCCUCACCACCCUCUCCCUCACAACCCUCACUACCCUCUCCCUCACUACACUCACCACCCUCUCCCCUCACAGGCGUCACUACGAGACCCUCGCCUCACGCCCUCACCACCCGGGCCCUCACAACACUCACUACCCUCCCCUCACUACCUCUUAACCCUCUCCCUCACUACCCUCACCACCCUCUCCCUCACUACACUACACCUCACUACCUCACUACCCCCCUCACUAACCCGCCCUCACUAACGCCCCGCUAGACCGCACCCGCACUACCCCUCGACCCUCUCCACCCGCACUCCCGCUCGGACCCCCGCCACCCGGGGCACCAGAGGCCCACAUCAACCCGCGGACCCUCCACCGGAGCAGACUCACCCGCUCUAACCCCCCACCCCUCUAACCGCUCCCUCACUACCCCUCAAACCCCCUUCUCACUACACUCUCAUCCCUCUCCCCACUCACCCCUCCCUACCUAACCCCUCCCUCACACCCCUAAAACCUCCCCUCCCAACGACCCUCCCCAACCCUCCCUCACUACCCCUCACCCCUUAACCCUUUCCCAAACCCUCACAACCCUUCUCUAACCCUCCCCCACGCCCUACUACCCUCUCCCUAAAAACCGCUCUCUAACCCCUCCUCACUACCCUCUCUAACCCUCUCCCCACAACCUCUUCUACCCUCCCUCACACCCCUCACCCUCCCCUCCUACCCCCCCCUCCUAACCCUCCCCCCCACUACACUCACUCACCACCCCCUCCCUCCCCCUACCCUCUCUACCCUCUCCCUUACUAACCCUCCUACUAUACCUCCCUCUUUUACCUCUCCCCACUGAACAUAGAGGAAUGCAGAUGGACUAGGGGGGAGGAGGGGGAGGGGAUGAGGGAGGGAGGGAGGGAGGGAGGGAGGGAGGGAGGGAGGGAGGGAGGGAGGGAGGGAGGGAGGGCUUGUGAUUUUGUUUUGUGGGUAGAGUCAGGUACAGAGCUCAGUUUUAAGGUUUGCAAUCUUUCUCUCUCUCUCUCUCUCCCCUCUCUCUCUCUCCCUCCAUCCCUCUCUCUCUCUAGGAUUAUCUUUCUCUUCAGCUGAAGGGCUAUAUCUGUUUAAUAAUGCAGCCAGAUAUUUGAUGCUGUGGAUCAAUAAUGUAUUUGAUCAUGUAUUCUUUAUUGUCCACACUGCCUUUACCCCAGGCCUACUCUGAUCCUCUCACAGCCCAGGCUUUACUCCCCUGAUCACUAUACACACCCUUAAUGGAACGGACACACUCAUUACUAUCAGACAGAAAGAGAGAGAGAGAGCCAAGGGAGGGGUAGGAGGAGAGGGUGAACGAGAAGAUGUAGAGAAAAUAGGAGAUGGAGAUGGAGAGGUUUAAAAGUUAGAAAGGGUUAGGAUUUGGGAAAAAGUUCAACAAGAGAGCAGGAGGGAGAAAGAGAUAGAGAGAGCGAGAGAGAGAGGAGAAAGACGAGGAGAGAGAGAGGAGAGAGAGAGAGAGAGAGAGAGAGAGAGAGAGAGAGAGAGAGAGAGAGAGUAACCUAACAAAUGGUUAGCAACUUGAAAACAUGACAAAAUAAAUGUACAAUUGAAACAUGUAAUCAUGUCCUGUAUGUUUAAGCCAUGCAGCCAAAGUAUCUUCCAUUCCACUGCUACAGGGACGUGGACGUGUUUCCAAAGUUUAGCCUCCCUCCCACACUCUCCUGGCCUGAACUUCAGCCCAGGGAACCCAGUAAACCCAUAUUUAAAGAACCCAACCUAUUGAUUCCGACUAGUUCCAUUCCUAUGAAAACGCAGGCCCAUAAAUUAUCAUUUGCGUCGCAGAUGGCGACAGGGCUAUUGUUGUUUUCAUUGCAUGCAUGGGGUUAGGCAUUAGCACGGGGGACGUGUGUGUGUGUAGUGUGUGUGUGUGUGUGUGUGUUGGGUGUUGUGUGUGUGUGGGUGUGUGUGUGUGUUGUGUGUGUGUUGUGUGUAUGUUCGUGAGAUUAAUAAAUUAGCCAAACCAAUCUGCCUCAGAAUUAUUGAUGGUGUAUUGAGCUGGUUUAGUUUGGUUCACACCGGCUUCGCAGGUGGGCGUUGGGUGAAGUAAAGGAAAUGAAUAAGUUUGUAAUUGAUCAGUUAAAUGAGCAGACACAGCAUUCACUGGCUUUACUAAUGAGGAAGUGAGGAGCUGAUGGAAGAACAGUGCAUUUUGUUCAGGAAGAGAUUUUACUCCAGAGAACUAGCCUGGUCCCAGGUCUGUUUGUGCUCCAGAGAGCUAGCCUGGAUCCAGGUCUGUUUGUGCUGUCUUGCCAGCUCCCAUGGUCAUUGUCACACACAAGACAGCUAGAUCCAGAAUCAGGCUACCAGAGAGAGGGGUCAGGUGAUAUAAGAAUUAUCUUAAAUGAAGUAGCAGAAAUGUUAAUUAAACAUAGACUUAAAAUUCUAGCUCACUAGAUAUAAGUAUGUAUUUAGUAUAUUCAUCGUAAACUGACCAAAGAUCAGCAUUACUUCUUGAACACGGGAUGGGUUCAAAGUGUCGUCGUGGGAGACCUGUGCCUAGCGACCGCUGAGUGGUGUGGCGAUCUGUUUUUAUUAUGGAAACGGAUCCUGUCUCUCCCCAGAGAACUGUCAAUCAACCCCCCCCCCCGCCCCCGCCCCAACACACACACCCUUUCCUCUCAGAGGGCAUUCGUUUUAACUACAAAUCCCAUUAUGCAGUCUCAAUCACGUCCUACAAAGCCCACGAUGCAUUCUCAAAUACCGACUACAAAGCUCUCUAACAAACUAUAUUUACUGUAUGUGCUGCUGUGUGCACACAAAGAGCCUGGGGUGAGUACAUCACAGAACAGUCAUCCCUCUCUCUCUCUCCGCCUGUCCUCUCCCGUCUCCCGUUCUCCCGGAAGCGGCGAAGCUCGAGCGCGGGUCGAAUAACCGCGACAGCGCGAGAGCUGAGCUCUGCGAUCGCAUGCGGAUCGACGUUGAGAGUAUGUCUUAUCUCACUCUCUAUCGUCCUUCUCUCCUCUCUACUACUCUCUUCUCUCUUCUAGUCUCUCUCUCUCUCUUCUCUCUCUCUCUCUCUCUCUCUACUCUCUCUCUCUCUCUCUUCUCUCUCUCUCUUCUCCGCUGUCUCUCUCUCCCUCUCUCUCUCUUUCUCCCCAGUGCUCACAUGUAGUGCAUAGGCUACACAUUAAUGCACAUACAGACACAGUUACACACACACACACACACACUCUCACACACUCUCACACACUCUCACACACUCGCUCUCCCUCGUGCGUGCUUCUAUGUGCUGAGGGUGCUUUAAAAGUAGGCUAAGUAGUUGCGUGUGAAGAACGAGGGAGCAUUAUCUCUCCCUUCUCUCCUCCGUCAGCCUCUAACAACUCAGUGGGGGACACUCAUUUACUUUAUGGAAUAUUACUUUCUCUCCUUCCACUCUGUUUCCAUGGCAGCCACUAUAAAAACAUUAUCUUCCCGAUGUCAUAAUUUGUUUCUUCCCUCCCAGGAAGAAACAUAGGGAGUGAGAUUUGUUUCUUGAUUCUGUAAAUGUGUCUACCACGAUCCGUGCGUAUAUUCAACAUAACUAACGAUCCGUGCGUAUAUUCAACAUAUGAACUGUGAAUAUAUCACAAUAUUUCGUAAAUAAAACCAUAAUCUGUAAAUAUGUUAAAAUAUUUCACGAAUUAAACCAUAAGUCACAAAUAAAUCUAUGAUCUGUAAAUAUAUUCAACAUACAGUGGGGAAAAAAAGUAUUUAGUCAGCCACCAAUUGUGCAAGUUCUCCCACUUAAAAAGAUGAGAGAGGCCUGUAAUUUUCAUCAUAGGUACACGUCAACUAUGACAGACAAAAUGAGAAAAAAUAAUCCAGAAAAUCACAUUGUAGGAUUUUUAAUGAAUUUAUUUGCAAAUUAUGGUGGAAGUUAAGUAUUUGGUCAAUAACAAAAGUUUCUCAAUACUUUGUUAUAGACCCUUUGUUGGCAAUGACACAGGUGAAACGUUUUCUGUAAGUCUUCACAAGGUUUUCACACACUGUUGCUGGGAUUUUGGCCCAUUCCUCCAUGCAGAUCUCCUCUAGAGCAGUGAUGUUUUGGGGCUGUCGCUGGGCAACACAGACUUUCAACUCCCUCCAAAGAUUUUCUAUGGGGUUGAGAUCUGGAGACUGGCUAGGCCACUCCAGGACCUUGAAAUGCUUCUUACGAAGCCACUCCUUCGUUGCCCGGGCGGUGUGUUUGGGAUCAUUGUCAUGCUGAAAGACCCAGCCACGUUUCAUCUUCAAUGCCCUUGCUGAUGGAAGGAGGUUUUCACUCAAAAUCUCACGAUACAUGGCCCCAUUCAUUCUUUCCUUUAUACGGAUCAGUCGACCUGGUCCCUUUGCAGAAAAAACAGCCCCAAAGCAUGAUGUUUCCACCCCCAUGCUUCACAGUAGGUAUGGUGUUCUUUGGAUGCAACUCAGCAUUCUUUGUCCUCCAAACACGACGAGUUGAGUUUUUACCAAAAAGUUAUAUUUUGGUUUCAUCUGACCAUAUGACAUUCUCCCAAUCCUCUUCUGGAUCAUCCAAAUGCACUCUAGCAAACUUCAGACGGGCCUGGACAUGUACUGGCUUUAGCAGGGGGACACGUCUGGCACUGCAGGAUUUGAGUCCCUGGCGGUGUAGUGUGUUACUGAUGGUAGGCUUUGUUACUUUGGUCCCAGCUCUCUGCAGGUCAUUCACUAGGUCCCCCCGUGUGGUUCUGGGAUUUUUGCUCACCGUUCUUGUGAUCAUUUUGACCCCACGGGGUGAGAUCUUGCGUGGAGCCCCAGAUCGAGGGAGAUUAUCAGUGGUCUUGUAUGUCUUCCAUUUCCUAAUAAUUGCUCCCACAGUUGAUUUCUUCAAACCAAGCUGCUUACCUAUUGCAGAUUCAGUCUUCCCAGCCUGGUGCAGGUCUACAAUUUUGUUUCUGGUGUCCUUUGACAGCUCUUUGGUCUUGGCCAUAGUGGAGUUUGGAGUGUGACUGUUUGAGGUUGUGGACAGGUGUCUUUUAUACUGAUAACAAGUUCAAACAGGUGCCAUUAAUACAGGUAACGAGUGGAGGACAGAGGAGCCUCUUAAAGAAGAAGUUACAGGUUGUCACUCGCUGGCUCUGGGACUCUGUUAUGUUGAGCCAGGGUGUGUUGUUUCUAUGUGUUUUGUGUUCUAGGUUUAUUAUCUAGCUCUUGUGUUUCUGUGUUGGCCGGGGUGGUUCUCAAUCAGAGGCAACGAGUAUCAGCUGUUGCUUGUUGUCUCUGAUUGGGAACCAUACUUAGGCAGCCUGUUUGCCACAGUGUUUUGUGGGAUCUUGUUCCGUGUAUGGUUAGUGUCUGUUACCAAGGACGUCACGUAUCGUUUUGUUGUUUUGUUCGUGUGGUGAAUUUAAAUAAAAGUAUGUUCACUAAUCACGUUGCGCAUUGGUCCACUGUGUUCGACGAUCGUGACAGAAGAUCCCACCAAAACUGGACCAAGCAGCAUGUCCAGGAGCCAACGCCAGAGGUAACUCUAGCGGAUAUCCACCUCGACUGGGUCAAGCAGCGUGUUCAGGAGCCAACGCCAGAGGUAACUCUAGUGGAUAUCCACCUCGACUGGGUCAAGCAGCGUGUCCAGGAGCCAACGCCAGAGGUAACUCUAGCGGAUAUCCACCUCGACUGGGUCAAGCCGCGUGAGGAGGAGAGAGGUUGGACUUGGGAGCAGAGGAUGGAGAGUCUGGCGAGAGCCAUGGGGGAGAGACAAACCCAAAACAAAUUUAGGGGGGGGGCUCACACCGUGGACGACGGGGCUGCUGGAGGCAGAUAAGGGGCGAGUUAGUGGACGAGGAGAGAAGGCCACCGGGUUACGGGAGCCAUUGGCGAGUAGAGGGAAGGAAAAUGUAGAGGCACGGCGAGAGGUACUGAGGUGUGUUGCCAGUCCGGUCCGGCCCGUUCCUGAUCCCCGGGUAAGGCCAGUGGUGUGUGUUCCCAGUGCGGUCCGGCCUGUUCCUGUCCCUCGCACCAAGCCUAUGGUGCGCGUCGCCAGCCCGGCCCGGCCUGUUCCUGCUCCCCGCACCAAGCCAAUGGUGCGCGGCGCCAUCCCGGCCCGGCCUGUUCCUGCUCCCCGCACCAAGCCAAUGGUGCGCGUCGCCAGCCCGACCCGGCUUGUUCCUGCUCCCCGCACCAAGCCUGUGGUGCGCAUCGUCAGCCCGGUCCGGCCCAUUCCUGCUCCCCGCACCAAGCCAGGGGUGCGCGUCGUCAGCCUGGUCCGGCCCGUUCCUGCUCCCUGCAUCAAGCCUGUGGUGCGCUUUGUCAGCCCGGUUCGGCCCGUCCCUGCUCCCCGCACCAAGCCUGUGGUGCGCGUCGUCUGCCCGGUCCGGCUCGUUCCUGCUCCCCGCACCAAGCCUGUGGUGCGCGUCAUCAGUCCGGUCCGGCUCGUUCCUGAUCCCCGCACCAAGCCUGUGGUGCGCGUCGUCAGUCCGGCACAGCCCGUGCCUGGGUCACCGGUGCCUGGUCAGGUACCGGUCAGCUGCUCCACAUCAGAGCCUAAGCAUUCCGCUCCACCGAUGUCCAGUCCAGCUCCAGCCAGCGGGGCCAGACCGGACCAGGGGCGCUACGGAGGGUGGUGGUCAAGCCCGGAGCCGGAACCGCCUCCGAGGAGGAAUGCCCACCCGGCCCUUCCCUGUUCGGUUUGUGUUUGGCGCGGUCGCACCUUUGGGGGGGGGGGGGGUUCUGUCACGCCCUGGCUCUGGGACUCUGUUAUGUUGAGCCAGGGUGUGUUGUUUCUAUGUGUUUUGUGUUCUAGGUUUAUUAUCUAGCUCUUGUGUUUCUGUGUUGGCCGGGGUGGUUCUCAAUCAGAGGCAACGAGUAUCAGCUGUUGCUUGUUGUCUCUGAUUGGGAACCAUACUUAGGCAGCCUGUUUGCCACAGUGUUUUGUGGGAUCUUGUUCCGUGUAUGGUUAGUGUCUGUUACCAAGGACGUCACGUAUCGUUUUGUUGUUUUGUUCGUGUGGUGAAUUUAAAUAAAAGUAUGUUCACUAAUCACGCUGCGCAUUGGUCCACUGUGUUCGACGAUCGUGACACAGGUCUGUGAGAGCCAGAAAUCUUGCUUGUUUGUAGGUGACCAAAUAAUUAUUUUCCACCAUAAUUUGCAAAUAAAUUCAUAAAAAAUCCUACAAUGUGAUUUUCUGGAGAAAAAAAUUCUCAAUUUGUCUGUCAUAGUUGACGUGUACCUAUGAUGAAAAUUACAGGCCUCUCUCAUCUUUUUAAGUGGGAGAACUUGCACAAUUGGUGGCUGACUAAAUACUCUUUUCCCCCACUGUAGCUCACAAAUAAAACUGCAAUUUUAACAAAUGUAGAAUGAUUUAUGAGCAAAUGUUCAGAAAUCCCUAACAUUUACAACUGUGGAAUAUGCAUUUGUGCAUUCAAAAAGUGCUUGUUGAUGUGCUUACAGAAUUUUUAGAAGUGUUAUUCGCCUGUUGAUGUAUUACAAUCCACAAAUGUGGCUUCAGAUGAACAAUCUUUGUGUUACGUGACACGCAGAGUGAUGACAUCACGGCUGUGUCCUUCUUGGGAGAAAGCUUUCUAGCUAGAAGAAGUGUAACGUAUACGCCGGGAGGUAGGAAGCAGGUGAGUUUAAUAAGGAAUCAAUGGAGAUGAACAAAACAGUAUGAAAAUGUAUGCACUCACUAACUGUAAGUCGCUCUGGAUAAGAGUGUCUGCUAAAUGACUAAAAUGAGUGCAUACAUUAUUAUUAUUUUUUUUCAUACUGGCCCCCCGUGGGAAUCGAACCCACAACCCUGGCGUUGCAAACGCCAUGCUCUACCAACUGAGCUACAUCCCUGCCGGCCAUUCCCUCCCCUACCCUGGAUCAAUUGUGCGCCGCCCCAUGGGUCUCCCAGUCUACGACAGAGCCUGGAUUCGAACCAGGAUCUCUAGUGGCACAGCUAGCACUGCGAUGCAGUGCCUUAGACCACUGCGCCACUGAAAUGUGAGCAUAAUGUUUAUUUAACAAAUUAUGUUAACAUUUUCAUUAAAUUACUUUCAUAUGAAUACUAAAUUCGACCAUUGGGGCAUGCAACCCCGAGUGUGUGCUUUCGACAUCAGCCCACUUGCCAAGCUAGCUAACUAGCUAACGUUAGACACUACCGAUAGCUAGCAGGCGAUCUUGUCAGCUUAAUUUCUAAUGUUUUUAAUCAGAUAAUGUUCAUAUUUUUUACUGCCACACCAGUUGGGAAAGAGUGAUUUGUCCUGCCAAAGCAUCAAUUGCCCUGUUUAGUCCCUGAAAGAAAACAGAUUUCUCAUUAGCUUGCUAGGCAGAUCACCAAUUCAGGAUUAAAAAACUGAGCAGCUUCAUAAUUGACACAUUUCUGAAUUAACAAUUACCUAGUAAGUUUAACUUUGGUUGUUAGUCUAAACAGCUGACGAGAUCGCCUGCUAGCUAUCGGUAGAUUCCAACGCUAGCUAGUUAGCUAGCAUGGCUAGUGGGCUGAUGUCGAAAGCACACACUCGGGGUUGCAAUGGUCGAAUUUAACAUUCAUAUGAAAGUCAUUUGUUGAACUUCUUAACAUUUGUUGAAUAAAUAAAUGUUAUACUCACAUUUCAUUAAGUUGUUCGUUCUUCUUCUAGCUAGAAAGCUUUCUCCCAAGUACACAGCCGUGAUGUCAUCACUCUGCAUGUCACAUGACACAAAGAUUAUCCCAAUAAAUAGAGAUAGCCGACUCUCAUCUAAAGUCACAUUUGUGGAUUGUAAUACAUCAACAGGCAGAAAAGAAUUCAACAAAUUCUGUAAGCACAGAAUACAGAUCCACAAGCACUUUUUUAAUGCUCAAAUGCACAUUCCACAGUUGUAAAUGUUAGGGAUUUCUGAACAUUUCCUCACAAAUCAUUCUACAUUUGUUCAAAUUGUAGUUUUAUUUGUGAGCUAUGUUGAACAUAUUUACAGAUCAUAGAUUUAUUUGUACCUUAUGGUGAAUAACAUAGCGUUCCUGUACUUAUUAGUGCUUCACAGUAAAUAUACUCCUGUACAGUAACACAUUCAUUAUGUUUUCUCACCCAGCACAUUGCAAACUCAAUAUUUUCUGUAGGCCCUGCAGUCCUCAUCUCCUCAACACACAGCAAACCAAGUCAAUCACCCCACCAAUGUUUUUCCCUGUCAGCCCUGGGAUUCGAAAAGGCAACUCUCCAGUUACUGGCCGGUCUCUCUAACCUUGAGACUGUUAUGAAGUGAGGAGACAUGGACAUCAUAGUUAGUAGGAAACAUGAAUGACUUUGUCUGGCUUUCAACACAGUAUUUAUCAACUCUGUCACAUUGCACCCCUCUACGGAGGGGGACAUGUGACUACUCCCACAGAGACUGCCAUCCCCUCCGUUAAUUAAUGUUUUCUCUUGUCUUGCAGGGUGGUCCGGGAGCACCUGGGGGAACAGGAAGUGGCCAUCUCCUUGACGAUCCACUCGGUGGAAGAGGGGGACCUGGGAAACUACUCCUGCUAUGUGGAGAAUGGCAAUGGGAGACGGCAGGCCACCAUCCAACUCUCCAGAAGGGGUAAGGGUUCCUUCACACACCCAUAACCCACAAUACACUCUCCAGAAGGGGUAAGGGUUCUUUCACACACCCAUAACCCACAAUACACUCUCCAGAAGGGGUAAGGGUUCUUUCACACACCCAUAACCCACAAUACACUCUCCAGAAGGGGUAAGGGUUCUUUCACACACCCAUAACCCACAAUACACUCUCCAGAAGGGGUAAGGGUUCUUUCACACACCCAUAACCCACAAUACACUCUCCAGAAGGGGUAAGGGUUCCUUCACACACCCAUAACCCACAAUACACUCUCCAGAAGGGGUAAGGGUUCUUUCACACACCCAUAACCCACAAUACACUCUCCAGAAGGGGUAAGGGUUCUUUCACACACCCAUAACCCACAAUACACUCUCCAGAAGGGGUAAGGGUUCUUUCACACACCCAUAACCCACAAUACACUCUCCAGAAGGGGUAAGGGUUCUUUCACACACCCAUAGCCCACAAUACACUCUCCAGAAAGGGUAAGAGAUCUCUCUCACACCCAUACCUCACAGAACACUCUCCAGGAGGGGUAAGGGCUCUCUCUUUCGCUCACACCCAUACCUCUUAGUAAUUUAUCUGAAUAUUUUAUAACCCAGGCAGCAUAGACAUCUCUCUGGUCCCUCUCUCUCUCUUUCUGCAUCUCUCCAUCCAUACCCCCUUCCAGUAUUCCUCCUCUCCCUCCAUCUCUUUCUCCCCCUCUCCAUCCAUACCCCCUUCCAAUAUUCCUCCGCUCCCUCCAUCUCCUUCAGUCUUCUCACCCACCGGUCUGUGUUAGGUUCAGAGCUCCUUUGUGUUUGUCACCAUAUCGAUGUGUGUUUACACUCCAUUUCAUUCUAUUUUCUCUUUUGUUUUUGUUUUUCUUACAUUCAUCCAAUAUUCUUAGUUCUCUGGCAUGACUUGUGCUAGGCUCUCUUUAUGCGGUGGUUGUCACUUUAGCCAAUAGAGCAAAUGUGAUGGUUAUUUAAGCAGCCAAUAGCUCCUCUUCCUUUCUAAACAGCUGAGUGUUUGUUUAUUCUUUGUUUUAUGUUUCUCCUCCCAGGAUGCAGUAUUGAUGAUUGAUGCUGAAGGAAGGAGGGAGGAGAGAGGGAAAGAGAGAGGGAUGAGGACAGGGGGUGUCAAGAAAAUGGAGAGAAGUUGGUAUAAAUAUGUAGGUUACUAAUCUAUUGAGACACAAAGAAUAGGGUGGAAAAAAACUGAGAGAGGGAGAAAAGAGAAGAGGAAAUGUAGAAGAAUGAGUUAGGAGAAGCAUGGUGAAAGAAAGAGUUGAGAUCGAGAGGGGACUUGGGAAGCAGAGGAGAGAAUAGGGGAGAAAAUCACGUUUGGUUUCUUUAACUUCACAUUCUCUCCAUCCAUGUUCAUCCCCUUGAGAAAUCCCACUGUUUGUGUCAUGCCUCACCUAGACAAUGAACCCAAUUUUAGAUAAUCCUCCCUCUCCCUCUCUUUUCCUCAAGUCAUCAUAAGCCCCCUGUCUCUUCCCUGUGGAUGUGCUGCACGGCUCAGAGCAGAGCAGAACAGAGCAGAGCAGGGUCUAACAGAGCAGGGUAGAGCAGAGCAGAGCAGAACAGAGAAGAACAGAGCAGAGCAGGGUAGAGCAGAGCAGGGUAGAACAGAGCAGGGUAGAACAGAGCAGGGUAGAACAGAGCAGAGCAGGGUGGAACAGAGCAGGGUAGAACAGAGCAGAGCAGAGCAGGGUAGAGCAGAGCAGGGUAGAGCAGAGCAGAGCAGAGCAGAGCAGAGCAGGGUAGAACAGGGUAGUACAGCACAGCAGAGCAUAGAGACUGGGGAUGACUAUUACUCUCUGCAGUCUGAUGUCUUCUUAUUGCAGCACAUGCAAACAGCCCUAUACUACCAUGCACACACACAUACGUACAUAAAAUGAUUAUGGUGUUGGGAAACAUGAUUGACUGACUCAAUAGUUUUAAUGACAUUGUCUUUCUUUCGCUCUCUCUUUCUCUCCCCCCUUUGCUUUCUUUCUCCCUUUCUCUCUCUCUCUCUCUCUCUCUCUCUCUCUCUCUCUCUCUCUCUCUCAGUAGAGCUGAUGUACACAGUAGAGUUGGCUGGUGGUUUGGGAGCCAUCCUGCUGCUGCUGCUCUGCCUCAUCUCUGUGUAUAAGUGUUAUCAGAUUGAGCUCCUGCUCUUCUACAGGAGACACUUCGGCAGCGAGGACCUGGAUGGAGGUAAGGGCACAGAGCCUCAGACCAAUAGGUGGCUGUUGUGUCUAUUUGUUUCUCUCUCUCUCUCUCUCUCUCUCUCUCUCUCUCUCUCUAUCUCUCUCUCUCUAUCUCUCUCUGUCUGAUCUAUCUCUGUCUCAUCUCUAUCUCUGUCUCUCUCUAUCUCUCUUUCGCUCUCGCUCUCACUAUCUUUCUCUCUCUCUCUCUCAAUCUCUGCAUGUCUCCAUAUCCCCUUUAAAUCUCCCUCCCCUCUCUCUUGAUAUCAUAAUAUACUUUAUCAACGUGUGUGUGUGCACGCAUGCUUUGAAGGUUGUUUAAUGGGUCGUUUCUUUGAAAGCCAUUACCGGUCUUAUGCUGGGGGUUGAGACCCAGCAGUCAGAGCCUGCAGCAAUAACAGGCUCCCAGGCACACACAUAAACACACACACACAAACUCCUCACUGAUAGCCAGCCCAUUGUCUCCAGUAAUAACCCAGUGAGUGAGGUGUGUGUGUGUGUGUGUUUGUGUGUGUGUGUGUGUGUGUGUUUUUGUAGGUCACUAGGGAUGCAUGGAGAAGAGGGGACACAGAUUUUCAAUUUGUUCUCCAUUAAGAGAGGGAUCAGUCUCAAUAUGUCAUGGUAUGAUGCCCAACCUCCCCUGUGGACCAGCAGAUAACUGCUGUCUGCUUUGGGACGAGGAGGCUGGGACUGGGCCAACUCCCUCCCUGCCCAAAUCAUAGGAUAAAGUCCACCAACAAACUGAAGUGGGAGACUAACUUUUUGUUUCCCAUCCGAGAUACAGUUAGUUCUGUCCUAGUUUGGGCCUGUUGGUGUGUUUCCUUAGAGUGUUUGUUAUAUUCACACUUUGAUUGGUUAUUUUCUGCCUUCUAUUCUAGAAUUCUACAUUGAAGUAGAGUCGUGGCCACUUGUGAUGUCGUCAGUUAGAAUAGAUUUGAAUGGAAGGAACAGCCCUUCCAUAGGGUUAAAUCCAACCAUUCAACCCAUGUAAUCUAACUGGUUAUGAUUAGCAGUGGUUGGUUGAGAUGUUUAAGCUGUUGUUAGUUGAUGCAGGCUGUGUCUGGCCCCUCUAGCGAGCCUGAAAACCCCUCUCUCCUACCUCAAAGAGUGUACUUUCCUCCCUGGAUGACCCAUGCACACACACACACACACACACAUGCAAACCCACUGUAAUGACUUGGACUCAGGCUUCUGUGGUGAUGCCUGCCAGGAUUACUUUAAUAAUUGUGUUUUUUGUUUUUUUCCUUUAUUUUGGGGGGGACGGGUUGGGGAGCACAACAUGUUUUUUGAGUAUCAUCUGUUUGAGCCCUGCACCUAUGAGUCACACAGGCUGGGUCCUUCUCUCUCUCUCCUCACUCUCGCUCGCUGUCUCUCCUCUUCUCUCUUCGCUGUCUCUCCUCUUCUCUCUUCUCUCUCUCUCCUCUCUCCUCUCUCUUCUCUUAAUUUCAAUUCAAUUUCAUUUUAGGGGUGUCACGAUCGUCGUAUGGAGUAGACCAAUGCGCAGCGUUAGUUGCGAACAUACUUCUUUAUUAAGUGAAAGCACGAACCAAACAAGAAAACGAUAACGUGACAGUCAACGGUCAAACACAAACCAACUCGAACAAGAUCCCACCAAACACAAAGGGCAAACAGACAGUUUAAAUAUGGCUCCCAAUCAGCCACAGCUGAUUGGGAGUCACUCUGGCCAACAUAGAAACAACACAACUAGAACUCCCGACAUAGAAAUACGACACAUAGAAUGACCACACCCUGGCUCAACAUAUAGAGUCCCAGAGCCCGGAUGUGACAGUACCCCCCCCCUAAAGGCGCGGACUGCGACCGCGCCUCAACUAGAACCAAACAGGGGAGGGCUGGGUGGGCAUUCCUCCUCGGCGGCGGUUCUGGCUCCGGGCUUGCCCACCACCCUCCAAUAAUCCCCCCAUAGCGCCCCUGGUCCGGUCUGGCACCGCUGGCUGGAGCUGAACUGGACAUCGUAGGAGCGGGUAGCUUCAGCUCCGUUGUGGAGCAGCUGACCGGUACCUGAUCAGGCACCGGUGACCCAGGCACGGGUUGUGCCGGACUGACGACGCGCACCCCUGGCUUGGUGCGUGGAGCAGGAAUGGACCGGACCGGGCUGACGAUACGCACCCCUGGCUUGGUGCGUAGAGCAGGAACGGACCUUACCAGACUGAUGACUCGCACCCCUGGCUUGGUGCGUGGAGCAGCAACGGGCCUUACCAGGCGUACGACUCGCACCCCUGGCUUAGUGCGAGUAGCAGGAACGGGCUGGACCAGGCUGACGACUCGCACCCCUGGCUUGGUGCGUGGAGCCGGAACGGGCUUUACCGGGCUGACGACUCGCACCCCUGGCUUGGUGCGAGUGGCAGGAAUGGGCUGGACCAGGCUGACGACUCGCACCGUAGCUUUGGUGCGAGUGGCAGGAACAGGCCGGACCGGGCUGGCGACGCACACCGUAGGUUUGGUGCGAAGAGCAGGAACAGGCCGGGCCGGGCUGGCGACGCGCACCGUAGGCUUGGUGCGAGUGGCAGGAACAGGCCGGGCCGGGCAGGCGACGCGCACCGUAGACUUGGUGCGAGUGGCAGGAACAGGCCGGGCCGGGCUGGCGAUGCGCACCGUAGGUUUGGUGCGAGGAGCAGGAACAGGCCGGGCCGGGCUGGCGACGCACACCGUAGGUUUGGUGCGAGGAGCAGGAACAGGCCGGGCCGGGCUGGCGACGCGCACCGUAGACUUGGUGCGAGUGGCAGGAACAGGCCGGGCCGGGCUGGCGACGCGCACCGUAGGUUUGGUGCGAGGAGCAGGAACAGGCCGGGCCGGGCUGGCGACGCGCACCGUAGGUUUGGUGCGAGGAGCAGGAACAGGCCGGGCCGGGCUGGCGACGCGCACCGUAGGCUUGGUGCGAGUGGCAGGAACAGGCCGGGCCGGGCUGGCGACGCGCACCGUAGGCUUGGUGCGGGGAGCAGGAACAGACCGGACCGUACUGGGGACACACACCACUGGCCCUACACCGGGAUCUGGAACGGGCCGGACCGGACUGGUAACACACCCCAGUACCUCUCGCCGUGCCUCUACACCUUCCUUCCCUUCUUUGACCAGUGGCCCCCGUAACCUGGCGGCCUCCUCUGCUAACCUCCCAAAAUGCCCUGUGGCAGCCUCCUGCUGCCCAGUCGCCCAUGCCGUGUGCCCCCCCCUAAAAAAUUUUUGGGGUUGCCUCCUACCCGUGGACCAGGUCUCCAUACUUUUCGCCAGACUCUCACCCCACUGCUCCAAAGUCCAACCUCUCUGCUCUUCACUAGGCUUGGCCCAGUCGAGGUAGCAAAGGCGAUCCACUAGAGACAAGCCCGGCGAUGGCUCCUGGACACGCUGCUUGGUCCAGUCUUGGUGGGAUCUUCUGUCACGAUCGUCGUAUGGAGUAGACCAAUGCGCAGCGUUAGUUGCGAACAUACUUCUUUAUUAAGUGAAAGCACGAACCAAACAAGAAAACGAUAACGUGACAGUCAACGGUCAAACACAAACCAACUCGAACAAGAUCCCACCAAACACAAAGGGCAAACAGACAGUUUAAAUAUGGCUCCCAAUCAGAGACAACCAGCCACAGCUGACACUCGUUGCCUCUGAUUGGGAGUCACUCUGGCCAACAUAGAAACAACACAACUAGAACUCCCGACAUAGAAAUACGACACAUAGAAUGACCACACCCUGGCUCAACAUAUAGAGUCCCAGAGCCCGGAUGUGACAAGGGGCUUUAUUGGUAUGGGAAACAUAUGUUUACAUUGCCAAAGCAAGUGAAAUAGAUAAUAAACAAAAGUGAAAUAAACAAUAAAAAAUUAACAGUAAACAUUACACUAACAAAAGUUCCAAAAGAAUAAAGACAUUUUGUCACGCCCUGGCUCUGGGGACUCUUAAAUGUUGAGCCAGGGUGUGGAGGUUCUAUGUCUUAUUUUCUAUGUUGAUGUGCUAGAUCGUUUAGAUCUAUGUUGGCCAGGGUGGUUCCCAAUCAGAGGCAGCUGUAUCUCGUUGUCUCUGAUUGGGGACCAUACUUAGGCAGCCUGUUUGGCAAUAGUCGGUGUGGGAUCUUGUUCUGUAAAGGUUUGGUUUGUGUAACCUAGGACUUCACGUAUCGUUUGUUUGUUGUUUUGUGUCGUGUUAAGUACGUAAUAAAAUGUACGCUUAUCACGCUGCGCCUUGGUCCGUCUCAUCAGUAAACGAUCGUGACACAUUUCAAAUGUAAUAUUAUGUAUAUAUACAGUGUUAUAAUGAUGUGCAAAUAGUUAAAGUACAAAAAGGAAAAUAAAUAAACAUAAAUAUAGGUGUUUGUUCUUCACUGGUUGCCCUUUUCUUGUGGCAACAGGUCACAAAUCUUGCUGUUGUGAUUGCACACUGUGGUAUUUCACACAAUAGAUAUGGGAAUUUAUCCAAAUUUUGUUGGAAGCUCUCUUUCUCUCUCAAUUCAAUUUAAUUCAAAGGGGCUUUAUUGGCAUGAGACACGUGUUUACAUUGCCAAAGCAAGUGAAAUAAACAAAAGUGAGAAGACACAAAACAACAUCAACAAAAAAUGAUUAGAAUUUAACAGUAAACAUUGCAAUCAAAUCAAAUCAAAUUGUAUGUGUCACAUGCGCCGAAUACAACAGGUGUAGACCUUACAGUGAAAUGCUUACUUACAAGCCCUUAACCAACAACGCAGUUUUAAGAAAAAAUCACACAAAAAAUCACACAAAAAAAUACAAUAUAAAAUAAUACGAAAUAAAGGUAACAAAUAAUUAAAAAGCAGCAGUAAAAAUAACAAUAGCGAGGCUAUAUACAGGGGGUACCGGUACCGAGUCAAUGUGUGGGGGCAUCGGUUAGUCCAGGUAAUUUAAGUAAUAUGUAGGUAGAGUUAUUAAUGUAGGUAGAGUUAUUAAAGUGACUAUGCAUAGAUAAUAAACAGAGAGUAGCAGCAGCGUAAAAGAGGGAAGGGGGGGCUAUGCAAAUAGUCUGGGUAGCCAUUUGAUUAGAUGUUCAGGAGUCUUAUGGCUUGGGGGUAGAAGCUGUUUAGAAGCCUCUUGGCGCUCCGGUACCGCUUGCCGUGCAGUAGCAGAGAGAAUAGUCUAUGACUAGGGUGGCUGGAGUCUUUGACAAUUUUGAGGGCCUUCCUCUGACACCGCCUGGUAUAGAGGUCCUGGAUGGCAGGAAGCUUGGCCCCAGUGAUGUACUGGGCCGUACGCACUACCCUCUGUAGUGCCUUGCGGUCGGAGGCCGAGCAGUUGCCAUACCAGGCAGUGAUGCAACCAGUCAGGAUGCUCUCGAUGGUGCAGCUAUAGAACCGUUUGAGGAUCUGAGGACCCAUGCCAAAUCUUUUCAGUCUCCUUAGGGGGAAUAGGUUUUGUCGUGCCCUCUUCAUGACUGUCUUGGUGUGUUUGGACCAUGUUAGUUUGUUGGUGAUGUGGACACCAAGGAACUUGAAGCUCUCAACCUGCUCCACUACAGCCUCGUUGAUGAGAAUGGGGGCAUGCUUGGUCCUCUUCUUUUUCCUGUAGUCCACAAUCAUCUCCUUUGUCUUGAUGACGUUGAGUAAGACUUAAUCUCUUUCCAGGUGAGGGCUUUGUGGUGGAAUGUGUGGGCAUCACUUCCUUUUAGGUGCUUGUAGAAUUGAACAGCUCUUUUCUGGAUUUUGAUAACUAGCGGGUAUAGUCCUAAUUCUGCUGUGCAUAAAUGUUAAUGUUGUUCGGUUGUCUUCUUGACAUUUUUAGUUCUGAUAGGGACACUGAAAGGUCAAAUAUACUGUUUUUCUCUUUCUACUGCCAAGUUUACACCUUCACUUUUGCUGUGAAUCGUUUUGUCAAGAAAUGUGUCUAAAAAGGAUUGUAUUUGUUGUUGGCCAAUUGCUUCCUCUAGUCUUGUUGAUCCAUCAGUCUGGCUUUCUACUGCAGCUCUCAGCUCUGUCAUUGUGUCUGGCAAUACAAUUAUCUCUUUCUCUCACUUUCACAUAAUAAAGAUUGUCAAUUACCGGUAUGUCAAUUUUUUGGUGUCUGUUCAUGCCUGCAUUCAUAUCCCAGAGUGUGCAUAUUCUUCACCAGACCUUCUCUGUGUGCUGUCUGUGUUUCUGACAGAUAAUAAGGACUAUGAUGCGUACCUGUCCUACACUAAAGUAGACCCAGACCAGUGGAGUCAGGAGACUAAGGAGGAGGAGCGCUUUGCCCUGGAGAUCCUCCCUGACGUCUUGGAGAAACACUACGGAUACAAACUCUUCAUCCCAGACAGAGACCUCAUCCCCACAGGAAGUAAGUGGUGUAAGUGAUGGCUGUGUGAUGGGGAGGGGAGGGUGGAGGGAUGGGGUGGGUGGGGUGGGGAGGUUAGGGGAGGGAGGGUCUGGUGUGGGGAGAGAGAGUGGGUGGGGUGGGGGGAGGUGAGAGGAGGGUCUAGGGUGCGGAGGGGGCAGGAGGGGAGCGUGUGGGGAGGAGGUAGGGAGGGUGGGGUGGAGUGUAGGGUGGGGUAGAGGAGUAGGGGGUGUGGGGGUGAUGAGGGUGGAGGGUAAGGGGGGUAGGGGAUUCUGUGUGUGGUUACUUUAUAUUAUGUUUACUAAUUGUGUUGUGGCUUGUACAGUUAUUGUGGUUAUUGUGAUUGUUCUUUACUCGGUCAUCAGUAUACAGUCCUGUGGGGUUUGUUUCAUAUUCAGCUGUUGUGCAUGUUGGGGAUUAUUGUACUUUCACUGUAGCUGUUUGUCAUUGUCACUCUUGUCUUGUGUAUGUACACUGAGUGUACAAAACAUUAAGAACACCUUCCUAAUAUUGAGUUGCACCCCCUUUUGCCCUCAGAACAGCCUCAAUUCGUCUGGGCAUGGGAAUCUACAAGGGGUCGAAAGUGUUCCACAGGGAUGCUGGCACAUGUUGACUCCAAUGCUUUCCACAGUUGUGCCAAGUUGGCUGGAUGUCCUUUGGGUGGUGGACCAUUCUUGCUACACACUGGAAACUGUUGAGCGUGAAAAACCCAGCAGCGUUGCAGUUCUUGACACAAACCGGUGCACCUGACACCUACUACCAUACCCCAUUCAAAGGAACUUAAAUAUUUUGUCUUGCCCAUUCACCCUCUGAAUGGCACACAUACACAAUCCAUGUCUCAAUUGUCUCAAGGCUUAAAAAUCCUUCUUUCCCCUGUCUCCUCCCCUUCAUCUACACUGACUGAAGUGACAUCAAUAAGGGAUCAUAGCUUUCACCUGGUCAGUCUAUGUCAUGGAAAGAGCAGGUGUUCUUAAUGUUUGUACACUCAGUGUAUAUGUGUCGUUUGUUCAACAAAGACACUCUAAAUAAUAUAUCUAUACCAUCUAUUGAACAACCUUUAGUAUUUUGACCCAAACCACCUCUGUCACUUAUAUAGUUGUCACAUAUGCUGUAUAUUGCUUCAUAUCUAUCAUAUAUUGCUUUCCCCUGCAUAUUGUUGUAUCCCUUGUUGUGUAUGACAAUAUACAUCAGCGAGUGUUAUAUGCAUACUGUGCAUGAUCAUAGAAUGCACGCUUAUGAUUGGUUGUAACCAUCUUAACUGUCUUAUUCCUGAUGCACUCCUAUACCCUGUCAUGUUCCUUUCAAUAACUAUUAAAUGGGCUGUGCAGUCAAAAAAUGAUUUUUCUGUUUUUUAAAUGAUUUCCACACUAUAAGGUUGAAAUAACACUCUGAAAUAGUGAAAAUUAUGAUAAUGCCCUUUUAAUGUACAAGCUUUUUGAGAGAAAAAACGCCUGGAAUUUCAGCCUGUUCAGGUGGGAUGGAGUUUUUGGCCCACAGCAUGACAUCACAAUCCAAUUUGAUUAUUCUGACCAAUGGCCAGUCAUUUUUUAUUUGCAUAUGUAUCCUCCUACUUUGAAGGGGUAAGCGGGGUAGGCUCUAGAGUCGAGACAAUCCUAUCCACCAAUCAGGGCUGUGUAUGUAAAUAUAUUGUAAUUUGUAUCAACACACCCACAUGAUCAGACUGAGCAUUUCAAUGCUCCCCGAAAUAAAUGAUACAAAAUAUAUUUGGAGUUAUUUUCAUGAAAUAAACACACACAGUGAUUUAUUAGACACGCAGUGAUGAUUUAAAAAUUAAAAAGACUGCAUUGGGUUUUAAAGGAAAACUCCACUCAAAAACAAUCUUUUGGUAUUUGUUCCAUUAGUCCAUUGUUGACAUACUCCCAAAAUGUUUUGCUUGUCAGCACUCAAGUUCAAAAUACAGAAAUCAUCCCUGUAUAAUGAAUUUUGCAUCGUAUGAUGCUGCGCUUUGCAAAAUGCAUCAUACGGGGAUGAGUUCUGUGUUUUGAAAGUUACAUAUCUUGAAAACUUGAGUGUUGACAAGCAAAACAUUUUGGGACUACGUCAACAAUGGACUAAUGAAACAAAUAUCAAAACAUAGUUUUUGGGUGGAGUUUUCCUUUAAGAACCCACUCCCUUUAACCCAGAUGCAACAUUCUCUCUCACCUUUCUAGCCCAAAGUGUACUUUGUAGCCUAUGCCCCACUGACUGUGCCCUCAGCAAGGGGACUGUGUAACGUUGGACAUGAGAUACAGUUAACUCAGUAUACAUGCUGUAGGGCAUAUAUAUCAUAGAGUACAUGUUAUCUCCAGCAGCGUCCUCUCUAGUUCCCAUUUAACCCAUUCAUGCAUUCAUGAAUAUCUUUUGUAUGAAUAUAUUCUCAUGCAUGUGUAGAUCUGUCUAGUAGUCCGUCUAUGCACACGGUGCAGGUUGUUCAGUAUCUAUUACCACAGCUCUAUGUCUAGCUGGGUCAGGAUGUUAGGUAUCUAUUACCACAACUCUACGUCUAGCUGGGUCAGGAUGUUCAGUAUCUAUUACCACAGCUCUACGUCUAGCUGGGUCAGGAUGUUCAGUAUCUAUUACCACGGCUCUACAUCUAGCUGGGUCAGGAUAUUAGGUAUCUAUUACCACAGCUAUACGUCUAGCUGAGUCUGGAUGUUAGGUAUCUAUUACCACGGCUCUACGUCUAGCUGGGUCAGGAUGUUCAGUAUCUAUUACCACAGCUCUACGUCUAGCUGGGUCAGGAUGUUCAGUAUCUAUUACCACAGCUCUACAUCUAGCUGGGUCAGGAUGUUCAGUAUCUAUUACCACAGCUCUACGUCUAGCUGGGUCAGGAUGUUCAGUAUCUAUUACCACAGCUCUACGUCUAGCUGGGUCAGGAUGUUAGGUAUCUAUUACCACAGCUCUACGUCUAGCUGGGUCAGGAUGUUCAGUAUCUAUUACCACAGCUCUACAUCUAGCUGGGUCAGGAUGUUCAGUAUCUAUUACCACAGCUCUACGUCUAGCUGGGUCAGGAUGUUCAGUAUCUAUUACCAUGGCUCUAUUUCUAGCUGGGUCUGGAUGUUCAGUAUCUAUUACCACAGCUCUACGUCUAGCUGGGUCAGGAUGUUCAGUAUCUAUUACCACAGCUCUACGUCUAGCUGGGUCAGGAUGUUCAGUAUCUAUUACCACAGCUCUAUGUCUAGCUGGGUCAGGAUGUUCAGUAUCUAUUACCACAGCUCUACGUCUAGCUGGGUCAGGAUGUUAGGUAUCUAUUACCACAGCUCUACGUCUAGCUGGGUCAGGAUGUUCAGUAUCUAUUACCACAGCUCUACGUCUAGCUGGGUCUGGAUGUUAGGUAUCUAUUACCACAGCUCUAUUUCUAGCUGGGUCUGGAUGUUCAGUAUCUAUUACCACAGCUCUAUGUCUAGCUGGGUCAGGAUGUUCAGUAGCUAUUACCACAGCUCUACGUCUAGCUGGGUCUGGAUGUUCAGUAUCUAUUACCACAGCUCUACGUCUAGCUGGGUCUGGAUGUUCAGUAUCUAUUACCACAGCUCUACGUCUAGCUGGGUCUGGAUGUUCAGUAUCUAUUACCACAGCUCUACAUCUAGCUGGGUCAGGAUGUUCAGUAUCUAUUACCACAGCUCCACGUCUAGCUGGGUCAGGAUGUUCAGUAUCUAUUAACACAGCUCUACAUCUAGCUGGGUCAGGAUGUUCAGUAUCUAUUACCACAGCUCUACGUCUAGCUGGGUCAGGAUGUUCAGUAUCUAUUACCACGGCUCUACGUCUUAUUGGGUCAGGAUGUUCAGUAUCUAUUACCACAGCUCUACGUCUAGCUGGGUCUGGAUGUUCAGUAUCUAUUACCACAGCUCUACGUCUAGCUGGGUCAGGAUGUUCAGUAUCUAUUACCACGGCUGUACGUCUAGCUGGGUCAGGAUGUUCAGUAUCUAUUAACACAGCUCUACAUCUAGCUGGGUCAGGAUGUUCAGUAUCUAUUACCACAGCUCUACGUCUAGCUGGGUCAGGAUGUUCAGUAUCUAUUACCACGGCUCUACGUCUUAUUGGGUCAGGAUGUUCAGUAUCUAUUACCACAGCUCUACGUCUAGCUGGGUCUGGAUGUUCAGUAUCUAUUACCACAGCUCUACGUCUAGCUGCGUCAGGAUGUUCAGUAUCUAUUACCACGGCUCUACGUCUAGCUGGGUCAGGAUGUUCAGUAUCUAUUACCACGGCUCUACGUCUAGCUGGAUCAGGAUGUUCAGUAUCUAUUACCACAGCUCUACGUCUAGCUGGGUCAGGAUGUUCAGUAUCUAUUAUCACAGCUCUACGUCUAGCUGGGUCUGGAUGUUAGGUAUCUAUUACCACAGCUCUACGUCUAGCUGGGUCAGGAUGUUCAGUAUCUAUUACCACGGCUCUACGUCUAGCUGGGUCAGGAUGUUCAGUAUCUAUUACCACAGCUCUAUUUCUAGCUGGGUCUGGAUGUUCAGUAUCUAUUACCACAGCUCUACGUCUAGCUGGGUCAGGAUGUUCAGUAUCUAUUUCCACGGCUCUACGUCUAGCUGGGUCAGGAUGUUCAGUAUCUAUUACCACGGCUCUACGUCUAGCUGGGUCUGGAUGUUCAGUAUCUAUUACCACGGCUCUACGUCUAGCUGGGUCUGGAUGUUCAGUAUUUAUUACCACGGCUCUACGUCUAGCUGGGUCUGGAUGUUCAGUAUCUAUUACUACAUCUAGCUGGGUUUCAUGUGGAAUAGAGCGAAAGAGUGAACACAUCCAGUGAGACUACUGCUCAGGCUGUAUGGUAGGCAGCUUCAGACAGAAUGGGACAUCAUAGAGGCUCUUACUGUAGUUACUGUACUGCUGGAUGAGAGAUAGACAGCUGAACGGAGAAGCUACUCCCUAGUCAGAGUUAUACAGCAAGUUGCUAAACAACUGUUCCAGUUUUUGUGUGUGUGUUAGAGAAAGAGAGAGCAAAAUAAUAAAUUAUAGUGUAACACAUAUGCCAGUGUUACACAAGUCCUCUUUGCUGUUUGUGUGCUCUGUGUGUUCUCCUGUGAUCUGAGUCUCAAUGUUGACAUGUUUAUGUUUAGGUCUGGCCAAUGAACUUUACCAGGAUGACACAAGACUUCUUAGAGGUACACGUCCUCAGUCUCUUCCUCUUAUGUCAGCAACUGUGAUGCACUUCCUCUCUGGACAGGUAGAGAAGCUUAAGGCGGCCAUUUUGUAAGAGUUUACACAGCAGGAGCAUAGCUUUUAAGUCAGAACACACACACUCUAGCACACAAACAUAGGCACACACACACAAUCACGUACACAAACACACAUGCCAUUGCACACAGACACACACAGAUCCAAAAACCUCAGAGAGAGAGAGAGAGAUGAGAAAGUGAUGUAGGUACAGAGAGUUGACUAAGAACAGUUGUAGUCCACAGGAGGUUGGUGGCACCUUAAUUGGGGAGAACGGGCUCGUGGUAAUGACUGGAGCGGAAUCAGUGGAAUGAUAUCAACUACAUCAAACAUGGUUUCCAGGUGUUUGAUGCCAUUCCAUUUGCGGCGUUCCGGCCAUUAUUAUGAGCCGUCCUCCCCUCAGCAGCCUCCUGUGAUGCAGUUACUGUUUAAACACUAAACUGUUGUCUGACUGCUGUCUCUGUUUGGGGUUGUAUGUCUUGUAGUUGUCCAUCCAUUGUCUCUGUGUAUUGUGAGUGGUGUGCUAGAUGUGUCUUGUCCACAUCAUGUUCCAACAAAUAUGUUACUGUAUACAAAACAUGUUAUAGAAAAUAUGUUACUGUAUACAAAACAUGUUAUAGAAAAUAUGUUUCUGUAUACAAAACAUGUUAUAGAAAAUAUGUUACUGUAUACAAAACAUGUUAUAGAAAAGAUGUUACUGUAUACAAAACAUGUUAUAGAAAAUAGGUUACUGUAUACAAAACAUGUUAUAGAAAAUAGGUUACUGUAUACAAAACAUGUUAUAGAAAAUAGGUUACUGUAUACAAAACAUGUUAUAGAAAAUAGGUUACUGUAUACAAAACAUGUUAUAGAAAAUAGGUUACUGUAUACAAAACAUGUUAUAGAAAAUAGGUUACUGUAUACAAAACAUGUUAUAGAAAAUAUGUUACUGUAUACAAAACAUGUUAUAGAAAAUAGGUUACUGUAUACAAAACAUGUUAUAGAAAAUAUGUUACUGUAUACAAAACAUGUUAUAGAAAAUAUGUUACUGUAUACAAAACAUGUUAUAGAAAAUAGGUUAGUGUAUAGAAUAAUCUAAGCUGUUUUGAGUUUUCCCUUUCAAGGAGAUUGAUUGUAUGCUGAGUACUUUGGAUUCUCUCUCUCCCUAUCUAUCCAGCAUACAUUGAGGAUGUGGCGCGCUGUGUGGACCAAUCCAAGCGCCUCAUCAUCGUCAUGACGCCCAACUACGUGGUGCGGCGGGGGUGGAGCAUCUUUGAGCUGGAGACACGCCUCCGCAACAUGCUGGUCACCGGGGAGAUCAAGGUGAUUCUGAUCGAGUGUGCCGAGCUGCGUGGCAUCAUGAACUACCAAGAGGUGGAGGCCCUCAAACACACCAUCAAGACCCUCACCGUCAUCAAGUGGCGUGGCCCCAAGAGCAACAUGCUCAGCUCCAAGUUCUGGAAGCAGCUGCAGUAUGAGAUGCCCUUCCGCCGCACUGAACCCAUGCUGAGCCACGAGCCGGCGCUGGACGUCAGCGAGCAGGGCCCCUUCGGCGAGCUCCAGACCGUCUCCACCAUCUCCAUGGCAGCCGCCACCUCCACCGCCAUGGCCACGGCGCACCCAGAGCUCCGCUCGUCCUUCCACAACUCGUACCACACGACCAUGCGGCAGAAACACUACUACCGCAGCUACGAGUACGACCUGCCGCCGGGGGGCACGCUACCGCCGUUGUCGUCACUAGGCAACCAGCACACCUACUGCAACAUCCCGCUGACGAUGCUGAACGGACAGAGGCCGCCGGCGGGGAAGAGCCGCGAGCACAGCGUGGAGGAGGACCACACUAACCACGCCAUGCUGCCGCUGUUGCCCAGGGAGACCAGCAUCUCCAGCGUCAUCUGG